UUUUGAUACCAAUCUGUUACCAUUUUCCAAGAAAUUUAUUACGAAAAAAUCAGACCCAGGAACAACCACUGAACUGCACUGAACUAUAACCCGAACUGAGGAGUGAGGAAUCCUCAUUGACCUCAUUAACAAAUUAACAUCUCAAUCUCACUGAAGAUUCAUCUCACUCAAGAUGUAGAUGUAGGGUUCUUGAGAAAGCUAUAAUUAAUAAUACGGGCCAUAGAUCAGAAAUUUCGAAUUUGGUUGAACCGUUGAACCUGGUUAACCCACGUUGAACCUUUGAAAAUGGAUCUUCUGCAGACAAUUUUGCGAUCUUGCCAAUCAGAGAAUUAUUACAAUAAUUUCAAAAAUAGUGGCAUAGAUUCUUAUACUUUGAAAUUAUUAACUGAAGAAGAUCUGGAGGAUAUAGGAAUUGAGAAUGUAGUAAAUAGAAAAAAAAUUCUGAAACAUUUCAGCAACCUGCAGAUUCCAACAGAAAAAAAAAUCAACUUAAUAGUGGAUCAGCAAUACACCCAAUUAGUGUUGACUCAGAUGUCAGAACAGUUACACAGGCAUUUGGCAAUACUCACAUAUGCCUUGAAGAGACAAGAUGUAUAUCUAUGUAAAAUAACUCUCACCCCUUCAAUGCAUUGUUUGUCAAAAAUGUUACAAGACAUUGAGAAGAAAUUGGAAACCUUUGAACAUGCAGUUCUUACAAAGAAAAAGCGAAGAAAUAAUAAGGUAUUGAUCAUCAUGCCUACAAUUUUUAUUGGGAGCUUGGCUGCAGUUGUUUGUUAUAAGCAUAUUUUUUCUGUAUCAAGAAGUUGACAUAUUUUUUCAUGGAUUCGAAAUGAAACACAGUUGGAACUAUGGAAGAUUGCAAAAGUUCAUCUACUGAAAUAUUUCAUUUUAUACUUUGAAACUCUUAUUUUUGUAAUAUAUUUUUUGUAUAAAUAUUACUGUUCUUACUUUUUU